UGAAAUUUACGGGCAGCAUUUGAGUCAUGUGCCGAAGCUACAUCAGGCAAGCACCAACUAGACAUCAGUUCAUUGCUGGAAUAGGCAUACCAGCUAAUCUCGACUAUGAAUCGCUCACCGUCGGCUACGUAUUAAAAGCCGAGUUUCAUCUACCCUAUAAUGCUACGGUUUUUCGCCAGAACCCUUUUUUGCCCGAAUAUAACCACAAUAAGUUUAUAAAUGCUGGAAAAGAAAGGAAAAUGUACCAAAAGCCCACACAGCUACGCUGGAAUAUAUACGCUUUUAUUGAGUAUUUACUUAACGGUUACGGCUACAAUGGGCAUGAGUGUCUUUUACAAGCCAUCUGUGAUGCCAACAGAAUUGGAUUUUCCAAGGACUUCAGUGUUGGAGCUGAGCUGAUUCAUUUAGUUUUAAGUCCCACAUCUACUUUGAACUCUAAAAAUGAUAUAGCGCAUGAUUUCAUAUUUGCGGAGAAAGCAAACUGCCGACGGUACGACUGCAAAAUAGAUCUGAUUAAUUGGGUCUCGCAUGUCGCAAACUUGAAAAUCUAAGUUCGCAUGAAAUGUUAAUAAACUAAUGUAAUUAUCCGAAAUAUUCAAAAGUAAACCAGGAAAAGAACAAAGACGUUCACAUAUGCA